GAGCCAAGUAAACAAGGGUGAGAAGCUGGCAUGUUUUUGACACCUGUGCCUCAGCCUUGAGUUGAAAGGAACAAAGUACUCAGCCAAAUAUUUCAAACUCUGCUUUCUUCUUGCUGGACUUGUUUCCUACUUCUAAAACCGGGUGGACUGUUUGCCACGAAGAAUUGAUGCUAUGGCAGUGACCAGAUUGCUAGCCAGCCUUCUGAUACUGCAGCUUUCUUACGCGUCAGGAUCUCACGAACGGAUCAUUGGAGGUGUUGAAUGUAAAGAAAAUGAACAUCCUUUCCUUGCACUCUUCUAUGACUCCAUAGGCCCUUUCUGCUCUGGAAUCUUGCUCAACCAUGACUGGGUGCUCAGUGCUGCGCACUGCUACAGUGAGAAACUCUGGUUAAAGCUUGGUGUGCAUAACACAGAUAUGCCAAAUGGGGAUGAGCAGAUAAGAGUCCCGAUGGAGAAAUGGUGUUGUCCCAACAGUAGCAACUGUACCAUAUUCGACCAUGACAUCAUGUUGAUCAGACUGAACAGCUCCAUUGAGUACAACACACACAUCGCACCUCUCAGCCUGCCCUCCAAAUCUUCCACUGUGGGCUCAAGUUGCCGUGUUAUGGGCUGGGGCACAAUCACAUCUCCCGAGGAGACUUAUCCCAAAGUCCCUUAUUGUGUUGACAUUCAAAUAGUCCAUAAUCAGGUGUGUCAAGCAGCUUACCCAUGGUUGGUAGUGAACAACAACAAGUUGUGUGCAGGAGAGCUGGAAGGAGGCAAAGAUUCAUGUCGGGGUGACUCCGGGGGACCCCUCCUCUGUAAUGGAGAAUUCCAGGGCAUUGUAUCUUUGGGGGGCUUCCCUUGUGCCCAACCUCUUGAGCCUGGCGUCUACACCAAGGUCUUCAAUUAUAUUGAUUGGAUCCAGGGCAUUAUUGCAGGAAAUACAAAUGUAAUUUGUCCCCCCCUCAAGUGAAAAUCCUUUGAAAAAAGUUAGGAAAAAAACGUAAUGAAUGAGUAAAUCUCUCUCCUCUGUCCCCAGCCAUAUCUGAAUACAUUGGAACAUAUU